AUGGCCGACAACGCCGGUGAAGUCAGAUACCCCAACACAGAUGAAGUCAGCACCAAGGACUCCAUCGCAAACGGCCCCCUUGCCAAUAGCAUCAAAACCGAAGCCUCCCGCACUGGUCAAGAAUUCCGCGAUCUGAAGAGCGCAAAAGUGGUCCCUUCCACGACCACGGCCACCGGCCAGCCCCUGACCUACUACCAUUCCUUGCUCUACAGCCUUCUCAGCUGGGAACAACCUCGUGCCACCGCUGCCUCUUUUGCCAGCGUCGUUGCUUUCAUCUUCGCCGCCCGUUACCUCCCCCUCCUCCGCUGGUUCUUCAAGUUCCUCUACGUCGCUCUUGGAUUUACCGCUGCGCUUGAACUCGGUGGCAGACUUAUUCUGUCUCAAGGCCUCGCCAGCUCGUUCCGACCCCGCAAAUACUACACAAUUCCCAAGGAAACCACCGAGGCAGUCGUGGAGGACUUUGAGCAGCUUAUCGACUUUGUCCUCAUCGAAUUCCAGCGCAUUCUCUUUGCGGAGAAUGUUGUUCACACCGUUGCCGCUUUCUCCGCUGCGUUCUCCGCCUACUGGCUGAUCAAGAUUCUUCCCUUCUGGGGCUUGUCUCUCCUGGCUGUUUCAAUCGCGUACCUCGGACCUUUGGUAUACAUCACCAACCGGGAGAUUAUCGAUGCUCAGAUUGAUAGCCUCCAGCAAACUAUCAACUCUCAGGCACACCAAUUGAAGGGCCUGGCGGAAGAGCGCACUCACCAUGCCACCGGUGUUGUGAAGCAGUACGUCGGAGACUACAGCAACAAGGCACAGGAGUACAUCAACAUCCGCCGGUCAGCUUCACCCGAAAUCUCCAAGGCUGCUGGCCCCGCUGUCAAGACGGAGCCCGAGCCCGAGGCUCUUGUUAAGACCCCUGACUUCCCCGAGGCCCCCAAGGAUGAGCCCGUGGCUCAAUCCAUCGAAACCGAGAAGCAGCCUCUUUUGGCCGCAUAA